UGUGUAUGAAUAGUUGAACUAUAAUGGCGGUAGUGCACCACUCUUUUUGUUUCUUCUUUUGACUCGUCGUAUCCAUAAAACCCUAAGCAUCAAUUCCCACCGACGAUUUUUCCCUCUCCCUCCAAAACUUUCCCUUUCUAAUGGGCAACUGCCUCUUCGGCGGGCUCGGAGACGACGACGCUAAUAAUGGAGUAAUCAAAGUAUUAACACCUAACGGCGGAGUAAUGGAGUUUUCCGAGCCAAUAACCGCCGGAAGAAUCACCAACGAAUUUCCAAACCACGCAAUAUAUCCAAGCUACGAUCUCUUUUGGAAACCUUUACCACUACAUGAAAAUCUUUUACCAGCUCAGUCUUACUUUUUACUUCCGAUCAUCAACAGCCAUGCAAAAACCGGCCAUGUCAGGUCAAAAAGCGCUUCGAAUUCGUUUACUCCGUAUAGAAUGUCGUUUGAUCAUCAAGGAAUGGCGAAGAGAUCGGCGCCGGCUGGUGGUUUGUCUAGCUCGAGAUCAUACAGCGGUAAAAACGGCGGAGUUGGUUAUAGUGGCGGUGGUGAUGGGUUUUGGAAAGUGAAGCUUGUGAUUAGCCGUGAGCAGCUUUUGGAGAUUCUUUCGGAAGAUGAUCAGACUCAUGAGUUGAUGGAGAAUUUGAGGGCUGUUGCUAAAUGUGGAAAUAAUGGAAGCUUGUCGUCGUCGUCGUCAUCUGGUGGCGGCGGCGGCGGAGGUGGUGGUGGAUAUUCAUCUUCUGAUCAGUGGAGUCUUUCUAGCAGUAGAAAUGGUUCUAAGAGAGAUGGAUUACUGGAAAUUUAGUGCGACUGUGCAAUUACUAUAUUAAUUAUAGAAUAAUUAUAUUAUUACUAAUUUACCUUGUUUAAUUGUUGUGUAAUUUAUUUUCUUGAUGUAGUUGUAUUUCUUUUUGUCUAGGUUAUUAUUAUUUUUUUGAACGUAUUUUGUCUAGGUUAUU